AAAACUCUUUUGUUAAAAGGGGAAUCUUUCUCGCUCGCCUGCUUUACAAUCUUCUACAAAAGCCUUAUUUUGUCUGCAGAAAUACUUAGAGGGUGUGGAUUUCUGCUGUUCUUCGUGAAUCCCCAGUUUCUCUAAUCGCACUUAUAUAGCAGUCAUUUCCCUAUCCUUUCCUCGCCCAUUUUCGCGAAGCAGGCUUUUUUCCUCAUUAGAAUGCCAAAGGUUACCCCAUCAGAAGGACCAAAUAAGAAGAGGAGUCUGGAGAGAGGGCUAUAAGCUUGAUUCUAGGUGGGCUUGAAGAGCUUCGAUUUUAUCUUUGGGGGAAAGAAGGAAGCGGUGGAGAGAAUGGUGGCCGUUGGUGUUGAAGAGAAGAGUUUGAUAGGUUUCAUCAUGGAGAACAGUUGUGCUGUUCUUCUCCAAGAGCUUCAGAACAUCUGGGAUGAGAUUGGGGAAAGCAAAGCAGACCAAGACGAAUUACUUUUAGAGAUUGAAAAAGAAUGUCAGCAAGUCUACCAGAGGAAGGUUGACGAAGCCAACUGUACGAAGGCAAAGCUGUAUAAGUUGGUAGCAACUAAAGAGGCAGAGUUAGCUGCUCUCAUGGAGUCCCUCGGCGAACAAACUCCGUAUUCUCAGGUAUUGAUAGGGGAAUAAGGGAGCACUAAUUAAUCUAGUAAAUGAUGAGCACGAUGUGGAUCAGUUAGCUGAAUGGCUAUGAUUGAUCUGGCCACCUUAUCAAUUAAUAUUGAUUUUAAUAGUUUAUGUUUUCUCUCUGCGAUUA